AGUCGAUUUGUCUCUGAUUUGUUUUCAAAAUGCAUAUCUCUUCAAUUCUUCCGGCUUUUGUUGCUUCUCUGUCUUUGGUUGCGGCACUGCCUCCAACGGAUAGCAGAGUUGCCAACGAUGGAAGUCUUCGUUUAAUCAAGACCUCCGAAGCUGAUCCUGGAGUGUGGGUCACUGAAGAGCAGAAGAUUACCCAGUACGUCGCUAAGAACAUUGGAUUCAUCGACAUCACAGACAUCAAGAAUGAGACGGUUCUCAGUCGCCUUUCCACUGUCCCAAACGAAUCCGCUAUCCAAGCUCGUGCUGUCACUUACCCCACAGCACUGACACAUACGACUGAGGCCAAUGCUUUGAUUGCCAAACUCAACACGACCGGUCCGAAGAGCUGGUUGACGACUUUGACCAACUAUUUCAAUCGAUACUAUCGUUCUACCUACGGCACCCAAGCCGGAACGUGGUUACUCUCGCAAGUAAAGACCAUCGCUUCAACCAACGCAGCUAUCACAGUCACCACCUUCACGCAUUCUUUUAAUCAACCUUCCAUCAUUGCCAAGAUCCCAGGAACAAGCCCAAAUCUUGUCAUCGUAGGUGCUCACUACGACAGUACCGGAGGCUCUUCCACUGCCCGAGGUCCCGGUGCAGAUGACAAUGGAUCUGGCGUCGUCACUAUCCUUGAAGCUCUCCGGGUCAUCGCCGCUUCAGGAUUCAAGCCCAAGAAUACAAUCGAGUUCCAUUUCUAUGGCGGCGAAGAGGGUGGUCUUCUCGGAUCCCAGGCCGUCUUCAGCAACUAUGCCAGCACGGGAAAGAAUGUUUUAGCUGUUGUUGUGCAAGAUAUGACGGGAUACUCUCCAUCCGGCAAAGUCAGUGUCUACACCGACUACAGUGACUCUGGACUCGUCACCUACGUCCGCAAGAUCGUAACCCAGUACACUGGCAUCACAUAUACCACUGAUAAGUGCGGAUAUGGAUGCUCCGACCACGCCUCUGCUUAUGCCAAUGGCUUCCCUGCAAGCUACGUGUGUGAUGAGGUGAUCAGGACUAGCAGUCCAUACAUACAUUCCCCGAACGAUGCGUACUUAACCAUCAUGUGGGAUGCUAUCUUGAGACAUUCGAAGUUCACUGUUGGAUAUUUGAUUGAGGCCUCGUACAUUUGAUCUGGACAAUUGAAAGAUCAUGUUUCCCCGCGCACGUACUCACUUCUGUACUGAACGAGCUUGGUCAGCAGAAACUCUAGAGCACAUCGCACUUUUCAAUUCUCUGUAUAUAUUCACUUCCCAGUGACCCAGAACAAAAUGAAUGAUCUUGCGAAUAGUGUUUAUGUAAAUCCCGGGAGGUUAUUUUUGUCGUCACCGCGUGCUUACUUCAAAACAUCUUUUUUUACAUUCACCGCCUGCAAGUGCAGGCAGCCACGUGCGUGGAGGGGAGGAAAAACAUAUAAAUUGUGUACCAACGGCACGACAGAAACACCAAAUCAGAAUCCCGCGCGUGAACUCGGAGUCAUUAUACUUCUCGAGCAGGGACAAGAGUUAUCGCUCAAUCCAUACAACGCAAAUUUCCUCAUUAGUGAUCCAGUAGUCGAAAAAGAAAUAAGGUUAUUCCAAAACUCAUCACACGACGAAAGUUCCGUGUAGAGACUGGAAAGAAGUCCUGCUUCUCUGAUGGUGAUUAACACUUUGAUAGCGAAAAUUAAAUUGGCGGCAAAAUCCAAUAGAAUAAUGUAUGUCCACCCAAGCCGGCGGCAUGCAAGGAUACGCUUCUUCGCUUAGUGUUGUUGACUUCCAUUGUUUCGUACUCCCCAAAAACAAAGAAUCAGAAGUUUUCAAAGAGAAGACCUGGGGAUGGAGAGACACUGUAUCGUCUUCCCUCAUCCGCGGAAUUCUAUUACAGCUCACAGGUAUCUUUGGGAUAGAUUUAUAGCUAAAGGUUCUUGCUCAGUUGACGCCCAGCAGGAUUCACUUCUGAAGUAUCAACACGUGUGAAG